GCGGAGCCGAGCCGGAGCUGGCACCUCCUCCAAUUCCUCCCGCCUGCUGGCUCCCUGCAGUUGCGCCGCCACCGCUGCCCCAGCGGUCAGUCCGUCUGCCCCGAGCUGGUUCACCGAGGAGAGCCUGGCGCACCCAGCCGGGCCCGUGGGCAUCUGCUGCGUGUCCCGCUCCCAGCUUAGUGCUCCCGCUGCCGCCGGCGCUGCCUCGAUGUUCCAACUGCCCAUCUUGAAUUUCAGCCCCCAGCAAGUGGCGGGGGUAUGCGAGACUCUGGAGGAGAGCGGCGAUGUGGAGCGCCUGGGUCGCUUCCUCUGGUCGCUGCCCGUGGCCCCAGCGGCCUGCGAGGCCCUCAACAAGAAUGAAUCGGUGCUGCGAGCUCGAGCCAUCGUGGCUUUUCACGGUGGCAACUACCGCGAGCUCUACCAUAUCCUGGAAAACCACAAGUUCACCAAGGAGUCGCACGCCAAGCUGCAGGCGCUGUGGCUCGAAGCACAUUACCAGGAGGCUGAGAAGCUGCGUGGACGGCCCCUGGGGCCAGUGGACAAGUACCGCGUGAGGAAGAAGUUCCCACUGCCGCGAACCAUUUGGGAUGGCGAACAGAAAACACACUGCUUCAAGGAGCGCACGCGGCACCUGCUACGGGAAUGGUACCUGCAGGACCCAUAUCCCAACCCCAGCAAAAAGCGUGAGCUCGCCCAGGCAACCGGACUGACCCCUACGCAGGUGGGCAACUGGUUCAAAAACCGCCGACAAAGGGACCGGGCAGCUGCUGCAAAGAACAGACUCCAGCAGCAAGUCCUGUCUCAGGGCUCUGGACGGGCACUAAGAGUCGAGGAAGAGGGCACAACCGAGGUGCUGGGCCCCACAGCCAGCCCAGCCGCCAGCCUAUCCAGCAAGGCAGCCACUUCAGCCAUCUCCAUCACUUCAAGCGACAGCGAAUGCGACAUCUGAGCUGCCCACACGGCAGGCUCAGAAACAGAAUCUGAUGUAUAAAAAGACACAAACGAAGGAGGGAGGGAAAGGAGAGACUAACCAAACAAACCCAGCGAUUUCGAAGCCAGGGACUCUGGAUAAGAGGCCUUUGAGCUCAGGUUGCCAUGUCCACCCUGUGGCCCACUGGCUCCACUGGCGCAGUCUGGCCACUAUUACAGGGGCCCAUGGUGAGACCUGACCCAGCACUACAUUCUCCAUGGUUUGCUUUUUCCCAUGGAUAGUACUGUACUGCAAAGAUGCCUCCAGAACCCGAACUGCAAGAGCGAGUACCUGCCCUGAAUCUCCAGUGGGUAUAUCACGUCGAAAGGAUGCUGUUAUAUAUGUAUAACUUUUGCUUUAAAGCUUUUUUAAACAAAACAUAUAUAUGCUGUUUAUUUACUUAUUUAAGAGACUGCUAUGGUAGAUUUCUCUGUAUCUUGGGAACUUGCUGUUUCUAAAGGCACAUGGUGGAGCCCAGGAGUUCUGUGUCAAGAAGCCAAACAAUAAAAUCCUGAUGAGCAACCUUUCCUUAUUAAGGGAGCUACUCUCAGAUUCCUACCAAAAAAAAAAAAAAAAUCCUUCUCUUCAACAGGCAGGCGAGGACUCCAGUGCAAAUGGUAUCUUUUGCUUUUCUAAUGUCUCCUGGUUUAUUUUAUGGUAAGUCCAAUA